AUGACGAAAAAGCAUGCUUUCAAAAACGCAGAAGAUAUGAAGAAAUAUCACCUCAGUGAAUUCAAUUCCGAAGCUACACCUCUAACAAGACCCGCAAUGAAAAGCUUACAGCAUGUUCCUUGUAAGUUUUUUCGCCAGGGAACUUGUACAAGUGGAAAAAACUGUAUUUUUAGUCACGAUUUGGAAUCUGCGUUCGAAAAAACUGUUUGUAAAUAUUUCCAGAAGGGAAAUUGCAAAUUCGGCACUAAGUGUGCAUUAGAACAUGUCCUUGCGGAUGGAAAACGCGUAAAAACACGUGCCCUUACUUCAACAGUACCUGGCGGUCCUAUAAAUCAUGUCGAUCAAAUUGCUUCUACAAUGGUAGAUCCACAUUCACCAAGAGAGUUAGCUAACUCAGAAUUGGGAGCGCAAAGCUCAUUGGAAAAUAAAUCAGAUUCUGGAAUUGAUUCAUAUAAUUCAAUGCAUAUGGCUCCUACUGACGAAAGCACUCUGCCUAACCUGCCAUUGGAAUCUAAUGAAAAGGUAACCGCUCCUCCAAAAAGUAAUAUUUUAGACCAAGAAAAUAUUUCUUUUGCCCCUUCAAAAAAUAAUGUUAAUCAAAGUCAAAAUUCAUCUCCUAAUGCUUAUAAUACGUCUAUGAAUGCCUCCAUAUUACCAGCAACAAAAAGGAUUAUCUCCAAUCCCUCUGUGAAGCCUCCCUUGGUGGAAGGCUCUUCAUCUUUUUCUUCUAUGCCUGGAAUGUUAUCUUCUCCUCCUUUAACCCCAGAGAACCAUCAAAUGUUUUAUUUACCUAUGAAUUCCCUGAGUACGGGUAUGCGCAACCUUAAGCUACUCCCUCAGGAUAAUUUAUCCUUUGGGUUUAAAUCACCAUCCUUGGAUCGUUCCCAAAGCUCUUCAGUCCUUCCUAGAGUGUCAUCAGGUAGUUAUACUGGACUUGGCCGUUUCGCAAAAAGUCCUCCUCCUGGGUCCGGACCCGGAGCAAACGGCCUAAAAAAUUUAGGAAAUAACGCUUUACUUCAUUCCUCUUCUGCAUCACUAGAUAAUAUGCAUGCGUUCUCUAGCCGUCGAAGCGUGCCUAACCUGAUGUCUACUCUCGGAGCAAGCCCUUCAAAUUUACAUUCUUAUCUUUCUAAAAACGCAGACAAGAUCCAGUCUAGCAAAUUGAAUGCCUCGCAAAGUUUCUUCCCUUCAGCAUCGCUAUAUGGUUCGUCUGUAGGAACAUCUCAAGACGAGUUGUUAAGCACUGAUGGCGCUGACGAAUUUGCCAAUGAAGAAGACUUUAUCCCUAAUAGCUUACAAGAGCUCUUAACCCCAGCGGAGCUGGAACGAAAAAUGAGUCACGGUGAUGAUUUUCCUAGUUCUUCGUCCACAAAUCGAUUUAUCUCGAAAGCAUCAUCUGGUUUAAACAGCAGUAAUGCUACACCAUUUGGUUCAGUGAACGGAACACCGACCUCAAGUAGAUUUUAUGCUUUUUUUGAGCGAAAUAAAGAAGGAAACAAUACGUCUGCUAGAAUGUCACCGGCUACAAUUUCAAAAAUAUCCCAGAAUUCGUUAAAUCUUAGUAACACAAAAGCGACUCAAUCCAGUCUAUCUGCUAUAUCUGAGACGUUCGAAGCAAAGCUGAAUGUGAAUGGAAAAAAACAUCAAGAGGACCUGGCCUCAAAAACGCCAAUUCAAGGUACCGAAAAACAGCCUCUAUACGAUUCAGUGUUGGACGAAGAGACUCAAUUUCGAAUGGAUGAAGAAUGA